UAUUAUUUUCGACUCGAUUCGACCAAAUAUUCAUCCGAUUCGGUCCUGUGUCAACCGGACCGUAGUCCUCCCCUACUAAUCAUAGCAUAGCAUGUUAUUAACAAACAGCCCAGCAUAGCUUUGAGCAUUUACCGAGGCCCACCAUGCGGCUCAUUAAAGUCAAAGCCCAUAACAAAUAAAAUAACCACCGGCCCUAUUUUUCUUGACUUUUUGCCCGGAAGAAGCAAUUAAUUAAUUAUCGUCCAUUUUUUCCCCUUAAUAAUUCGUCUGAACUUUGAUCUAUUUUAUUUACAGCAAUAGCUUGAAAGAGAAAUUAGGAAACAAAAAAGAAGGGGAAAAACUCAAAAAAGCAAGCUUUACAUUUUCAUCCCAAAGGUAGAUUCAUUCCUUUCGCUCCAUUCCACUCUUCGAGCUCGACCCAUCAAUUCAAAACUCCAUCUUCCUCACUCGGAUCUCUCUAUCUCUCUUACUUCACUCUGCGCUGUCGCCAUCGCCAAAAACCACCGACUCUCACAGCCAGACACAGAGGAGGCAAAACGAGUGAGAGGGAGGAAAGUGGGUAGAAAAGGUUAAAAAGGCUCCCACUCUGCUUAUUCAACGCGGCGCAAUGAUGGUGGCGGCUCUCGUCUCGCCUGGCUCGAUACAUUAGAACUGUAACACUGAGAUAGGUAGAUGCAGAGGUAGAGGGCGAAUUUUUAUAGAUUGAGCGGGGGAUAGCAAAUUUUCGCGGGGGUGUUAUUCUUGGUAGUUUUGGAGGGGAAAAUGUCGAGGAGAUCGGGAGCUUGCUUGAGGUGUUGUUUGGUGAUAUUCGCGGUGGUUUCGGCUCUGGCGGUUUGCGGACCAGCAAUCUAUUGGAGAUUCAAGAAGACGAUGAGGUUGUCCGAUUCCCAAGCUUCUUCUUGCCCUCCGUGUGCCUGCGAUUGCCCGCCUCCUCUGUCUCUUCUCAAGAUUGCUCCAGGGUUGGCCAAUCUCUCAGUCACAGAUUGCGGGAGCAGCGAUCCGGAACUGAAAAAGGAGAUGGAGAAGCAGUUUGUGGACCUGCUAACUGAGGAGCUGAAGCUGCAGGAAGCCGUCGCUUUGGAACACGCUCACCACGUGAACAUCACAUUUGGCGACGCAAAGAGAGUGGCGACUCAGUACCAAAAAGAAGCCGAGAAGUGCAUCGCUGCAACGGAAACUUGCGAGGGGUCCAGGGAGAGGGCUGAAGCUCUGUUGCGUCGGGAGAGGAAGAUCACCGCUUUGUGGGAGCGAAGGGCCCGUCAAGUUGGCUGGGAAGGAGAGUAAGUGUAGUUUCUCACCAACAUGAAAGAAGAAGCAUCAUCUAUAGCACUCACAACAAUAGUUCAUUGUUGCAUCAAUUUUUAUUUUGGCAAAAAGGAAGUAACCUUCCCAAGGCAUACAAAUAUGGAAAAUGCAAGUAGUGACAGGAUGCAGCCGUGCAGGGUUUGGUAAAAGCACUUUUGUAAUAGACAGAUUGUUUGCAUUUUUUCAGCUGCUAAACCAUUGUAAUGUUCACAGGGCAAAAAUGACCCUAUUAAGCCAUUUGGUUUAUUAUAGUUUAAUAGACCUCAGUCUUGCAUGAUGUAUAUUGGGCGUUCUUCUCUUAUAUACCUUCUCUUAUCUUUCAUGGCUCAUAUUUUGCCCAUAAUUCAAUGUCGAUGGUUCAUCAUAGAAACAAAGAUCUGUCAAUUCG